AUGCCGUUUCUCGCUGCAGAAAAGUUCCCGUUAUCUAACAAGGACAUCCUAUCGUGGACGUUUGACGAUCUCAAUUAUGAUUGGGACGAACCGAUAUACAUCGAUGCUGCCGACCCAUCGCGGUCAAUAUCGGCACGACAAGCAAGAACGCUGAUAAGACAACUUGCUGCGGGUUUCAAGGCAAUAGGGCUUCAAAAGRGUGACUGUGUAUCAAUACACAGCUUCAACGAUAUCUACUAUCCAAUAUUUUUCCUGGGAGUUCUAGCUGCCGGCGGAGUUUACGCAGGAACCAAUCCAGCAUACACAGAGCACGAACUCAUCCACACAACCAAGAUCGCCCACGUAAAAUUCAUCCUCUCAGCCCCAGAACUCCUCCCCAACAUCCUCAAAGCAGCAUCCGCCAACAAAAUCCCCAAAGAACGCGUCAUAAUCUUCAAUCCUCAUGGAGAAGAAGAAGAAGAAGCCGCCGUACCAAAAGGACAUCUCCAAUGGAAAGACCUCCUCUCACACGGAGAAACCGACUGGAUCCGCUUCAACGAUUACGAAACAGCCUACCAAACCGCCGCCGCACGUCUCUACUCCUCAGGAACAACCGGUCUCCCCAAAGCAGCCGAACUCUCCCACUUGAACCUCACAGCUCAACAUAUGCUCGUCAACGAAGCGGAUCCAAGACCCUACCGAACACGCCGUUUAGCUGCUCUACCAAUGUUCCACGCUGCAGCUGCUCCCGUGGCUUUCACCACGCCCCUCAGAUCUGGAUUCCCGACUAUUGUUAUGAAGAGAUUCGAACUGGAACCUUGGUUCAAAGCACAUGAGGAAUUCCAAAUCACGGAUCUGGCUGCUGUCCCACCUAUUGUGAUUCAGGCGAUGAACAGCCCCUUGCGAGAGAAGUAUAGUCUGAAAAGUGUGAAACUGGGACAAGUCGGUGCCGCACCGUUGGAUCGGGGUCCUCAGGCGAGAAUGAAGGCUUUGUUGAAUGAUGAUGUGCCGUUAACGCAAGGUUGGGGAAUGACAGAGUCUUCUUGUAUAGCCACGCGAAUGCCGUAUCCACAACACGACACGACUGGAAGUAUCGGGCUUCCAAUCAUGAAUCUCGAUAUUAAAUUGGUGGACGAUGAUGGCAAAGAUAUCACAGACUAUGAUGUUCGAGGAGAGAUUUGUAUUCGGGGUCCUACGGUUAUUAAAGGGUAUUACGAUAACCCUGAUGCCAAUGCGAGAGAUUGGGAUGGUGAGAAUUUCUUCCAUACGGGAGAUAUUGGGUAUUGUGAUGGGAAGACCAAGUUGUGGUAUAUCGUUGAUCGAAAGAAGGAGUUGAUCAAAGUUCGUGGAUUCCAAGUCGCUCCUCCAGAGGUCGAAGGUGUUCUUCUCUCGCAUCCGGAAAUUGUGGAUGCAGCGGUCAUUGGCGUACCGGAUCCUGUUCGUGAAGGCGAUGAACUACCUCGUGGAUACAUUGUCAGGAGAACCAAGAACGGGGCGCCCAGUGAAAAGGAAAUCAACGAUUUGAUCCAAGAACGAUUGACGUAUUACAAGAAGCUACAGGGUGGAAUCGUCUUCGUUGAUGCAAUUCCGAAGAAUGCUUCCGGAAAGAUCUUGAAGAGAUUAUUAAGAGAUCAAGCGAAGAUUGAAAUGGCGGGAGCGAAGGCGAAAUUGUAA